UGUAUUGAGAACAAGACUAAAUGAAUGCGGUGACAUUUCUUAGUUUUUCACAGUUACGACUGAAAAAUGCCUCGUACAAAGAAUCAAGUCCUUGUCGUUGCCUUCCUCUGCGCCAUUGCUUGCAGCUAUGUGCAAUGUGGUUAUGUUUCUGUGGGGUGCUAUAAGGAUACAGCAAGUCGUGCAAUUCCAAUAUUGGAAGGACUUUCCUCCAUCCUGGACGGAUCGUACACGCACCGGGUGAACCCCAUUGCGAAGUGCGCCGUGGCUGCAUUAAGCUGGGGCUUCAACAUGUUUGCAGUUCAGCAUGGUGGCCAGUGUCUCGCUAGUGCUACUGCACCGCUGACCUUCUACAAGUACGGAAAAUCUACAGCUUGUUGGAGUGGCGGCGAAGGAGGACCUUGGGCCAAUGAAGUUUAUGUGAUCAAAGGUUGUUUCCAUUGGAUGCUAUAAGGACACAGCAAGUCGUGCAAUUCCAAUGUUGGAAGGAAAAGAUUCUAUCUUGGAUGGACCUUCUUCUUCUCGUACGAACCCCAUUGCCAAGUGCGCCGUGGCUGCAAUGAAACGGGGCUACCACAUGUUUGCAGUUCAGUUAGGUGGUCAGUGUUUCUCUAGCGCUACUGCUCCGCUGACCUUCAACAAGUACGGAAAAUCUACUUCUUGUUGGCCUGGCGGCAAAGGAGGAUUUUGGGCAAAUGACGUUUAUUUUAUUGCCUGAAAAUGAUUAAUUAGUAUUUCAAUACCAGAGUUGACGAAGCAAUAAAGAUUUUCCUUAGAGCA